AUGUAUAGGGAACUAAAGGUCCAGCACAUGGACAUCUCUGUUCGAAACGAUGUACAACCGCCGGGAACAGUGGACCGAUCGGGCACCGGCCUCAAUGUGAUGAGCCUUCAAAACUUUGUAAAACGGAAGCCUAUUUCAAAAGAUGCCAUAACCGUCCAAUCACUCGUGAAAAGAAAGCAUGCGCAUACGAAAGACGGCGAAAAUCUGGGGCCGGAAAAAUCAUCCACUCAACCGUUAGGAUGGCGAGUCCAAAACGGAGGAACGUUGUGUGAGCAAACUACCAAGAAGUCCAAAUUGAAUAAUUCCUGA